GUCGUCCUACCUAUACUAUCUCCAGCGCCGGCACCGCCUAGCGCAAGGCCUUAGGCGUCCGGUCAGCUCGGUAGAAAUGCGGAUGCUCGGCGGGGGCCAGGCGCCGACGACACGUUGCCAUCAUUGCAGCGCUCGUGUUGUUUGGGGUGGAUGUGCAGUCACACCGGGUGGAAGGUGGGUUCAGUGUCGAGCUCAAGCUUACGCCAGCAUGCUCACUCGCGUCGAUACACGCAUCGUAUCCACCUGUACCCAAGAGUUGACGUUUCAAUUGUUAUUCGGUCCAAGCCAGCGGCAGAUUCGUCCCACCCAAUCAAUACUCUUCUCACGCUCCAUCUCUCGCCCACAAUCACAGCACGCUCCACGACGCACUUUCCCAACCCAGGACCCCCCAGCCCCUGCAUCGCCUUCCAAAACAUCCAGCCCUGCUCCCGAUGCACCGAUCAGCGGCGCGCAAUCCACUAGCUCCACAAUGUGGAGGCUAGCGCUGGCGCUCGGCAGCCUUGCCGCAACUACUUCACUUGAGGCGCGGGAGGGGUAACAUGGACCCUGGAAAUAUGUAAACAUCGGAUGUGAGUACGGCAUGUAGGGACGGGGAUUGUGAAGGAGAGAGGAGGCUUGAGAGACAAGGAGAGAGGAUGCUGGAAGGGAGGUUCAGAUUGAGCUGGGAGCUGAUGACUGUGCAGUUGGACUGCUGUGCUACGCACCGAUGGAACGGAUCACCAGGGCAGCUCGCCUCGAAAUGUAUGCUUACAGUGGAGUACGUAUCGGCCCGUAUGGGAUAUGCCGUCUUGAC